AUGGAGAUGGGUUCUUCCAAACGCAAGUCAUCAUUUAGGAUUGACGAUAUUUUGCAUCAGCAAGCAGAACAUCAACAGAUGCUAUUCCACCAUCAACAACAAUUAGUACAAAACAGUGUUCUAAAACAGUUAUCAGAUUUGAAUUCCGUUCAGCCAUGUUCAUUAACCUCCCCAUCAUCAACAUCAGAUUUUUGUAGUGCACCGAAAUCACCUUCUGAUUCACCAGUGGCUAUUCAAAGCGGCCGGGAAUCACCGAAGAAGCCAACAGCGCUGUAUCCAAACCUGUUAGAAUUUCAAAAAAAUAGCUUUCCGCUCCCUCUUCAGUUUGGAAUGUCCUCGUUUAAUCCUGCACUUAGUCCUGCUCUUAAUGCCGCAUAUCUGGAGCACUAUGCCAACGUAUUACAUAAAGCAUCUCCCCGGCUGUUUCCGUUUUAUCCGCCACAUUACAGCUACCUGUUGCCGCCAUGUGGUUCAAAACGCAAAGGAGGUCAAGUUCGCUUCACACCUCAACAAACGCAAAACCUUGAACGACGGUUUUCAAAUCACAAAUACCUCUCUCCCGAGGAUCGCCGACAUUUGGCUGUUCAACUGAAAUUAAGUGAUCGACAGGUAAAGACGUGGUUUCAAAAUCGACGAGCGAAAUGGAGGCGAGCCAAUGUUGGAAGUCAUUCCUCAGAAUCAACAGUGGACAUGGGAGAAAAUGCAAAUAAAAAUUCUAAUCCUUUAGCUGUAACAUCAUCAGUAGAAGCGACCAUAGAUUCCAUGAAAAAAUACUCCAAUGAUUAUAACGCAUCCUCGAAUAACAAACCCGCUGAAUUAUAUGAUUGCAAAAACUCCGACAAUUACUCUGAACAUGAAAGCUCUAGUGAAGCUGAAGAUAGUAGUUAUGAGGACGGCAGUGUGUCUUCAAUAAAUGUAAUUUAA